CUACAGGGCGGGGCUGCGCCAUUUUGAAUGUUGAGAGCGGUGCAGGAGGCUGGAGCUGCAGGAAGAAAGCCUCAGGAUCUUCACAUUUACGAGUCAACGAAAGGACUACCGAAAAGAGCUUCUUUCCUAUGUCCGUCUUCAUCCAACCCCAGACGAACUGUCUGCAGUAAAAUAAAUCCGGAAAAGUUAUCUGGACAGUUCUGAGACCAAAACCUAGCAACGGCAGGCGGAGAGUAUUACGUCCAAGCGCUUUUAUUUUGGAAAACUGCAUUUCCGGCGACUCUCUUGGAAAUCUUGCGCUGGUCGCUGCCUUCACACUGCUGAUCGAGACUAGGGUCCGACAUCGCCACUCUCGCCAUGGCAGGAGCCGGAGGCGGGGGAAACGAUGUGCAGUGGUGCUUUUCACAAGUGAAAGGGGCAAUCGAUGAUGACGUAGCCGAAGCCGACAUCAUCUCUACUGUGGAGUUCAACCACUCAGGGGAGCUGCUAGCCACAGGGGAUAAAGGCGGUCGAGUUGUCAUCUUCCAGCAAGAGACUGAGAACAAGAGUCAGCCACAGUGCCGUAGUGAAUACAAUGUUUACAGCACAUUUCAGAGCCACGAGCCUGAAUUCGACUACCUGAAGAGCUUGGAAAUCGAGGAAAAGAUUAACAAGAUCCGCUGGCUACCACAAAAGAACGCUGCACAAUUUUUGUUGUCCACAAAUGCAAUGUUGUGUGGCUUUAACUCCGCGUCAGACAUUGUGGACAUAAAACCAGCCAACAUGGAGGAGCUGACGGAGGUGAUUACAGCUGCGGAGUUCCACCCUCACCAAUGUAACACGUUUGUCUACAGCAGCAGCAAAGGCACUAUCCGCCUGUGUGACAUGCGUGCAUCAGCACUUUGUGACAAGCACUCUAAAUUAUGUAGGAGGUUAAAAGCAUUGUUGUUGGGUGCUGUGUUGAUUUGGGUUGUGAAUGUCAUGUUGAAAUCUCUCUGUGUCAGUUCAGCAAUGUUGUGUGGCUUUAACUCCGCGUCAGACAUUGUGGACAUAAAACCAGCCAACAUGGAGGAGCUGACGGAGGUGAUUACAGCUGCGGAGUUCCACCCUCACCAAUGUAACACGUUUGUCUACAGCAGCAGCAAAGGCACUAUCCGCCUGUGUGACAUGCGUGCAUCAGCACUUUGUGACAAGCACUCUAAAUUGUUCGAGGAGCCUGAGGACCCCAGCAACCGCUCUUUCUUUUCUGAAAUCAUUUCCUCCAUCUCAGACGUGAAGUUUAGUCACAAUGGCCGAUACAUGAUGACCCGAGACUACCUGUCCGUCAAAAUCUGGGACCUCAAUAUGGAGAAUCGACCCGUUGAGACAUACCAGGUUCACGAGUACCUCAGGAGUAAGUUGUGCUCUCUCUAUGAGAACGACUGCAUCUUUGACAAAUUCGAAUGCUGCUGGAACGGAAAUGACAGCGUGGUGAUGACUGGAUCCUACAACAACUUCUUCCGAAUGUUGGACCGCAGCCAGCGGCGGGACGUCACCCUGGAGGCUUCGCGCGAGAGCUGCAAGCCCCGGCAGGUGCUGAAGCCUCGCAGGGUUUGCGCAGGCGGCAAGCGAAAGAAGGAUGAGAUCAGCGUGGACAGUCUGGACUUCAACAAGAAGAUCCUACACACCGCCUGGCACCCGCAGGAAAAUAUCAUCGCCGUGGCAACCACCAACAACCUCUACAUCUUCCAGGAAAAAGUGAACUAAUACUGUCAUCAUGGGGAAAGGAAACCUCUGAACCUCUCUCUCUCUCUCUAUGUGAAAAUGAAAAAAAAAAAGAACUAGCAAAAAUCAUUUCUGUGACAGCCACCAUCAUCACAUAACCAACCUUGGCCCACUCCAGGACAGAAUGAACUAGUCGAGCCAACUAGUGGCAGCCAAUACUGAGUAAACUGGUUCAGACUGGUCUGGAGAAGAGCACAACCUGGCUUCGGCCUCUGUGGCACCAUGACACGCGCCUUGCUCUGGUGAUGUUGUGCCAACCUGUGUCUGUACCCUCCGUCCCUUUUCCCCUUACCCACAAGUCCGAGCCCAGGGAUGAAAUAGACGGCAAUCUCUUGACAGAUUUCAACCAUAUGUUUUUUUUUUUGUUUUUGUUUUUUAUUUUGGCUUUGGUUUAUUCAAGGUGUCUGUAUAAAAACUCAUUUGAACUCAUGUGGAUGUGUCCCUGUGUCCUUUUAUCCUCCAUAUGUUGUUUGUGCCAUUGUAACUGUUUUUAAUCUUAUCAGAGAAACUGCCAAGUUGUUUAGUUUUAAUUUUGUUUUAAUUUUCUUAAUGUGUAAUUUUUUUUUUUGUUCUCAUUACAUUUCAUACUGUCCCGUUACACUCCAUUACAGCUACAAAAGGUUACGGCUGUUUCUUUUCAGAUAUCCACACACUCAUACCCGCCAUCACAUUGGUCCAAAGAUCUUUUCCUGUUCUUUUUUUUUUUUGUGGCAUAGACGGCAUUGCCGUGUUUGCUGUAGUAGUGUAACAUCUACGCUUGUUCAAGCAUAUACACUCCAGUUGGACUGCUCGUUCGUGUACGAGUCAUUCAGCCUUACAGGGUUUAUUUUCCUUUGUGAUCCAUGUCCGAUUUCUGUCUACACUCUCUAUCUCAAGAGUUACAAAGUGAGAAAGAUUAUAGAGAUUAUGAUAUCAAAAUGGUAUUUAUAAACGGAACAAACA